CAAAUACUUUGAAUUUAAACUUUGUUUUGGUUUUGUUUAUGGAUAUUGAUCUAUGGGUGUUAAGGAACUUUGGACAGUAUUAACUCCACAUGCUGAGCGCAAGCCGAUUAAUGAGCUGCGCGGCAAGAAAGUGGCCAUUGACUUGGCCGGCUGGGUGUGCGAGAGCCUCAAUGUGGUGGACUACUUUGUGCAUCCGCGGCAUCAUUUAAAAAACCUUUUCUUUCGCACUUGCUACCUUAUAUGGGAGCAGGUCACUCCGGUGUUUGUGCUGGAGGGAGUGGCCCCGAAACUGAAGGGCCAAGUGAUUGCCAAGCGAAAUGAGCUGCAAUUUCGCGGAGUGCGACCCAAGGAGGCGGCCACCAGCACGCAGCAAGCUGCAGCAAAAGGAGACAAAGGACGCACUCGCUUCAACCAUGUGCUAAAACAAUGCGAAACGCUGCUGCUCUCCAUGGGCAUCCAGUGUGUCCAGGGCCCAGGUGAAGCGGAGGCCUACGGCGCCUUCCUCAACAAGCAUGGACUGGUUGAUGGCGUCAUUAGUCAGGACUCGGAUUGCUUUGCAUACGGCGCCAUUCGGGUGUAUCGCAACUUCUCAGUGUCCACGCAGGGAGCCCAGGCAGCCGCCGGUGGCGCUGUGGAUAUCUAUGACAUGCGGGAGAUUACGAGCCGCAUGGAUUUUGGCCAGCACAAGAUAAUUGUGAUGGCUCUGCUCUGCGGCUGUGACUACUGUCCAGACGGCAUUGGUGGCAUUGGCAGGGAUGGUGUCCUGAAGCUCUUCAACAAGUACAAGGAAACGGAGAUCCUCGAUCGGCUGAGAAGCUGGCGAGGCGAGACGGAUAAAUACAAUGCUCUGGAGAUGCGGGUGGACGAUAAAUCGAUUUGCAGCAACUGCGGACACAUUGGACGCACGCAGAGCCACACCAAGAGCGGCUGCAGCGUCUGUCGCACGCAUCGGGGAUGUGACGAGUCCCUGUGGAAGGAACAAAGACUUUCCAUUAAGGCUGAGCUGAUGCUGCGCAGGAAGGCUUUGCUGUCCGAAGAGUUUCCCAACGAGGAAAUCAUUUCCGAGUUUCUCAGUGAGCCGCCAACGAUCCCGCAGCUAGAACUUGGCUGGCGGCAGCCGAAUCUUGUCAAGUUCAUCAAGCAGAUUGGACAUCUGCUGCAGUGGCCAGAAAUCUAUUGCUUUCAGAAGUUCUUUCCGAUUCUCACCCGCUGGCAGGUGCAGCAGAGAGGAGGGCGAGUGGAGCUCGUUCAGCCGCUGGAGAUCGUCAAGAAGCGCACGGUGAAGGGAGUGGCCAGUCUGGAGCUGCGUUGGCAGGAUCCCAGUGGCAGCUUCAAAGGCCUCAUUCCAGACAAACAGAUCUCCGAAUUCGAACUGGAGCAUCCGAAGGGAAUCGAAGAGCUCUACUACACCGUGGAGCCGUUGGACAUGCUGGAAGCUGCGUAUCCCGAUUUGGUGGCAGCCUUUUUCAAGUCCAAAGAGAAGCCACCCAAGAAGGCAACGCGAAAGAAGAAAACAGAGCCGCUCAGCGCCAUUGAGAAUAUCCCAGAAGCAGGCAAGGAGAAGGCGAAACCAAAGCGUGUGGCCAAGAAGAAAAAAGCUGCCACGGAGCAGGCCCAGCCGUCACUGCAGCAAUUCCUUAGACGGGAGAGAAUUGGGGGGAAUCCUCCGCAACAACUGCCACAGCAAUGCUCCACGCCCAUCACCAAAUGCCUGCCCUCCGAUCUCGAAAGCGAUUGUGAUGCGGAAGAGUUUGACAUGUCGGAUAUAGUCAAUGGAAUCAUUUCGAAUCCUAAUGCUCAGCCAGCUGUCACGAAGCACGGGGGAAGGCAGCUGCACUACGAGGCCUUAUCCGAUGAUCUGAGCAUGCGUCUGGCUCAGCUGAGUCUGACCAAGGAGGAGCCAGCAGCUGCAGCAGCAGAUCACAAAAGAGAUCUCUCGCUGGUCGAGCAUCUGCCGCAGAGCAAGCGGCUCUCUCUGGAUGACAGCUUUGAUUUGCUGGUGAAGGGUGAUCUGAAGAAGGUCUCACACUUAAUCAGGACACCUGUGGAUCGCUUCAAGCAUCAGCAUCGCCUGAGUGGGCAGCCUGCCGUCGAGCCAUCGCCUGCCAAUGUGAGUUACUUCUUCAAUCAGAGCAGCGAUAAUGCCGAUGCCUUUGAGCAGCUGAUGAACUCCAGCCUGGGUGGGCCACAGCAACACGAAGAAGAGGAUGAGGAUGAAGAUGAAGAUGAAGACCUCGUGGUGAUCAGUGAUUAAGUUUACAGCUUAAAGUUUGCGAUUUAUUCGCUCUUUACAAAAUAAAACUUCUCCUCUCGCCAG